AUGAAACAAUUUUUAGUGUUAGCGAUCGCAAUUGCCUUCGUUGCUGCAGAAAAGGAUGAAGGUCAUUUGAAGGACAAACGAGCGAUCUCAACAGUUCAUAUAAGUUCGCCUUAUUCACAAGUUAGAUACGCUCCUGGAUAUCCCAAUUAUGGAGGAGAACAAUCACAAUACCAUGGCGUUUAUGUGCCAUCUGCUCGACACAGUUACCCGAGUGGAUAUCCUCCGAUUUUUGGUCAAGAAUUUCCUACGUAUAGCCCUCCGGUUUUUAUUCCGCAGCAUCCAGGUUUUCAUUAUCCACAGCCUCAGCCUCCAUUUUUGAUUCCGGGACAACCAUGCGAAGGCGAAUCUCCUCAAUAUCCAAGUUAUCCAUCGCCGGGAGUUCCAUCUCGUCCUCCCGUGUUCAUUCCUCCGCACGAAGAUGACGCUGAGCGUAUUCCUCCGCAACCGCCAAUGAGACCUCCAAGUAAAAUACCUCCAAGUUUUCCGCCAUCUAGUCCAAUGAAACCAAUGCCUUCUCCUCAACCACCGAAUUAUCCUCAACCGCCUCCAGUCGAAGAAGACUCGGAUGAGCAUGAACCUCCAUUACCGCCAAAGCCUCCUGUGAAAAGGCCUCCUCCUCCAAAAAAACCUCCCGUGAAUUAUCCUCCUGUGAUUCCUCCUCAACAUCCUCCCCCAAUAGAAGAGGAUUCAGAUGAACAUGAAUUCCCGUCGCCAAGACCUCCAAUAGUACCUCCUGUUAAGCCUCCAACAAAAACUCCUCCGCAAAAACCUCCUACUUAUUAUCCUCCGCCUACACAACCUCCAAUGAAACCUGAAAUGCCUCCCGUGCACUAUCCUCCAGCUUAUCCAUGGCCUUCAGUUCCUCCGCAAAACAUUCCUCCUCCGCAAGAACCUCCAGUUGAAGAAACGCCUGACUGUGAAGGCGAUGUUUCUUACGAAGAUGAAGAAGAAGAACAUCCUGUAAUUCCUCCAACUCCUCCCGUCAAGCCAAAUCCUCCAUCUCCUCCAACAUAUCUUCCUCCGCAAUUGCCGCCUUCGAGACCCAUGAAACCUGUUUUACCUCCGCCGCAAUUGCCGCCUUCAAGACCUAUGAAGCCUGUAUUACCUCCUCCGCAAUUGCCGCCCAUUCAUCCUCCUACAGUUCCUUCAUAUCCCCCUAAAAAGCCUAAUUGUGACGAGGAAGAAGAAGAAGACAUUCCACAAAUCCCGCAUUACACGGGCCCAUAUUAUCCACAAUCCAAUUUGGGACAAUCUACUGUACCGUCAUAUCAGCCAGGUAAUGUCCAAACGAUUCCUCAACAGUAUCCUCAAAAUAUACCAAGAGUGACGACGAAUCGAACUCCAACGGAAAUUCAUGUUACAGUUCAAAACAUGCCGGGUCAUAUUCCGAGACAAGAUGUUCCAAUCCCGAGUCCUCCUCCAUCGCAAGGUCCUCCAACGCAUUUGCCAGAAGUUCCUGCAGGAAAUAGACCUCGAACUAAUCCUUCAACUCCGAGAAUUCCUUAUCAACCGACGAAUGGAUAUAAUCCUCAAUACGAUACACGCCCUCAAUAUUUCCCGCCACAAGAUUAUUAUCCAGAACAACCUCAAAGACCUUCAAUUCCUCGACCGCAAUAUUUCCCGCCACAAGAUGCUUAUGACACACGUCAAACACCUUCCUAUACUCCUCAAUACUAUCCCAGUUAUUACCCUGCACAACAAUACCCCAAUGCACAAUAUCCCUACUACUCUCGUAACACUCAAAAAACUUCUACUCCCGCAGAUGCAGGUAAACAAGGAGGCAUUCCCGCCCACAAUAAUGGACAAUUUUUGGUUGAAACAACAACGAGAUCGUAUCCGCGAAAUGAUAACAACAAUUACGCGUCAACUACUCAAACGCCUUACACUUACAAUCCAUACAACAAUCGUCAACAGCAAAACAAUUUUGCAAGUGAAAGCUCGUCAACAACUCGUCCCAUUUAUAGUAACGAUGGGCAUUACAUCACUAUGCGACCGAAUAAUCGACAACAACCUACAACGCAUACGACAUCUACUCCCAGAAUGAAUCGCUUCGAAGUACGAAGACCUGCAAUUCACAAACAAUUCUACGAUGUAGAAGAAAAAAUUAUCAUGAGACCUGUUGGAUCAGUAGUUCUUGAAUUAACAGAUGACGAUGGAUCUGCUUCAAAUGCUAUCAUGAAAAUUAAACAUUACCAUCCCAAGAAUUAUUCGCAACACGAUACAAAUCACAGUUACAGCGGCGAUAGAUACCAUCAUUCGUCGCUUCAUGGUCGUAAUUACAAUAACUCCCGAAAUAAUGGAAGUAUGAAGCCCGGCAUAACCUACGCUGAUCAAGACAUGCCAAUACAUUUCAGAGAUUCAUCAGAAUUGAAAACCCCAAUGCACAUUUUGUCUCCGUUCGCAGCUCAAAAUAAUACCUUCGAUGACGAUUCGGAAGAAGAUGAACCAAGCGCUGCUUAUCUCUAUGGCAAAAAUAUGAUCAAAGUAAAUCAUCCCAGUGAGAAAACUGUAACUCCUUGUCCUCCGCCAUCAACUUAUGCGAGAUAUAAUCAAGAAAAUUCAACAACAAUUCCGGAGUGA